AUGGCAGCCUCCAGCCGAGCACGAGUGUUAGACUUGUACCGAGCGAUGCUGAGAGAGAGCAAGCAAUUCAGCGCCUACAAUUACAGAACUUAUGCUAUCAGGAAGAUAAGAGAUGCCUUCAGAGAAAAUAAGAAUGUGAAAGAUCCUGUAGAAAUUCAGACUCUAGUGAAUAAAGCCAAGAGAAACCUGGAAAUUAUUCAUCGACAGGUCCACAUUGGCCAACUGUAUUCGACUGACAAGCUUAUCAUUGAGAAUCAGGAGAAGCCCAAGACCUAA